UACCAUGAAUGGUUCCAAGUUGUGCCGUAAUAUUGUGGGUGGUGCAUCGUCCAAAGUAGUAACAGGUAUAUAUAUUUACAUUCUUGAUGUGUGUUCUGUACAUGAAUCUACCAACUGAAAACAACUGCCAUUAGACUAUGAAAAAAUACUACAAUUAUGACAAAUCUGAUACUAUCUGGAUUUGUUUAUGCAAGAUUUAUGAAAAGUGGGGAGGUACUCACUGUCCAAGAAUGACAUGAGUGGAUCAUUCUAAACGGAUGUGUUAGUAGUACUUCAAUGAGGAUGUCGGUCGGGCUAACCCAUUUCUGUGAUAAGACCAACUACAACUUAGACGAGCAGAUAUGCUGCGACUCCAAACUAUCUGACCGUAAGCAAGAUGGUCAAAUUAUCCAAUGUUGUAAUGCCAGCGGCGAAACCUAUAAAAAUGAAAGUGAAAUUUGCUGUGGAAGCGUCUACAAUAAAACGGUGUUUGAAAAUCAAAACUUAUCUUGCUGUAAUGGAACACGUUACCAGAAAGGAAAAGAGAUGUGCCUCGGCGGUGAAAUAAAAGUGAGGAUGUCAGUCGGGCUAACCCAUUUCUGUGAUAAGACCAACUACAACUUAGACGAGCAGAUAUGCUGCGACUCCAAACUAUCUGACCGUAAGCAAGAUGGUCAAAUUAUCCAAUGUUGUAAUGCCAGCGGUAAAACAUAUAAAAACGCAAGUGAAAUUUGCUGUGGAAACGUCUACGAUAAAACGGUGUUUGAAAAUCAUAACCUAUCUUGCUGUAAUGGAACACUUUAUCAGAAAGGAAAAGAGAUGUGCCUCGGCGGUGAAAAAAUUGCAGUAGAUGGUAAUAGACCAGGCUUCAGGGAUGAUACGAGGAUUGAUAUGAUUGAACGACAGCUACAGAAAAUUGACGAAGUCCAAAAAACACUACACUCAUUGACUGGUAGUGUUAAUUUGCUGAAAAACGAAAUUUACAGCGUUAAAAUCAUUUGCAGAUGGUUGAGUUAUAUUGGGUCAUUAGAAUACCACAAGCGCAUUGCUCGUAAAAACUGAGAUUGCACUAAAGAUCAAUGAAAAAUAACAUGACGUCGAAGACACCGAAUGUAAGUUCGGCAUCAACAAAAACACAGAAUUGACAAAUAUCAACAUUUUCCCGGGAAGAGCACUCCCUAUGUAACAGUUUCUGUUCCCUUAAUCAUUUGUAUUUGGCGUGAAACUGUUCCAAUAAUUCACACAACCUUAGGGGACGUAAAUUUGCAUUAAAGAGUUUUCAAAGUACCAUUCAUAUUUCUACGACAAGGCAGGAUACAAGUUUAUAUUGUUUGGGGCAACGUAUAUAUCAACGGAGAAUUGUAUAGUGUCUACAGGUCCAUAUUCACACCAAACAAAAUCCUCCAGCGGUGAUGUCCAGACAUCUGAUACAAGACGAUUUAAAGAUCGCGUGCUUAUUCUUCACCAUAACUGCUUCUAUUUAGUUCUAUGGUUGUGUAUGUUAAAUAGCUGUGUGUAUUAUGUACAUGUGGCACAUUUAGAUAAUGAUGGCAAUAUAUGAAAUUAUUUUAAUGAGAAAGGUAAACAUCAUUAGGAAUGUUGAAUUUGAUAAAUGUAUGAAAAAAGAUUUAAUGAUUUUUUGUAAAUGCUCAAUAGUAAUGAAAUAAAAAUUCUAAGAGAUAAACGAUUUUUUCUCUCUCACUAUUUUGGUUAUUGCACGCUUACUAAACUAUGUCUAGUACUGUGCAUAUUUCUCACUCGAGACUUUGAUUGCAUACGAAUAGUUAGUAAGGGUACUCCUGGAGUAACCAAGUCGAAGGAGUUUUACAUUGUAUGUUACAUUGUAUAUAGAAAAUUGAAUAAAAUAAAGUUGAAAUGUA